GCUGAUGGCGACUUGCCCACCUUCUACGCAUAUCAAGCCUCAUCAUAUAUUCAGCCAUUUUCAACAUUUCCCCUGCAUUGCUUUCUUCUUCUUGUAUUAUCUGCACGUGCAUUUUGUAGAUUAUAAAGUUUUAGAAAUUUUGGUAUUUCCCGCGGAUAAUCAUUUGGCGUGGAUAUCGCUCCCAAGGAAAUCGCUUUUAAAAAAGGAACUUGCUUUGAACUUCCUUUUGUCGUUCCGCUGUCCACUGACUUUCGAAUUGUCAUGGCGUCUGCGACUCCCGCGCUGACCGCAACUACGGCGAACGGAGGCCACCUGGAGCUAGAUGUGACAAAAUUAAAAGAAGAUGGACACGUCGUCCUGACGGAGGACGAACCCACAACGACGAGCAAAAAGGCAGGAAAAGAUAAAGAAAAGAAGCCGGAAACACCUCGAGUCUCCUACCUUCAGCUUUAUCGUUAUGCCAGUCCGUUUGAUAUUUUGUUGAUAAUUGCCGGCACGCUCGCCGCGGCAGCCCACGGCGUCGGAAUGCCCCUCAUGACCAUCAUUUUUGCUGAUAUCCUCGAAUACUAUUAUAGUUACGAUCCAAACAAUCCUGUUUCCGCUGAUCUAUUGAGGGAUGCCGCCAAAGAUACUGCCAUAUGGUUUGUCAUCCUUGCGGCGUCGCUCUUUGCUCUUGCCUACGCUCAAAUGUGCUUCUGGAUGUGGGCAGGUGAAAAUCAAGCAAAGCGCAUCCGCGAACUCUACUUUAAAUCCAUCCUUCGUCAAAAUGUCGGCUGGUUCGACGCAACCAGUACUGGAGAGCUGACAACCCGGAUGACUGCCGAUACAGGAAUGAUCCAAGAAGGCAUCAGCGAAAAAGUCGGAAUGAUCAUUCAGUUUGUGACAACAUUCAUUGCCGGUUUCAUUAUUGCCUUUAUCAAAGGAUGGAGAUUGGCUCUAGUCUUGACGGCAUGCUUUCCCUUGUUGGCCGGUGCUGCCGCUCUCAUGUCCAUUAUGGUUGCCGCCAGCUCGGACAAGGGAAACGAUGCGUAUGCAUCUGCUGGUGGCAUUGCUCAGCAAGUCUUGUCCGGCAUGAGAACCGUCGUCGCCUUUGGUGGUGAGCACCGUGCGACAAAGAGAUACGCUGCACUGCUGAAAAGUGCCGAGAAGGAUGCCAUCAAAAAGUCUAUUUACACGGCUCUUGGUGUUGGUAUGAUUAACUUUCUCAUCUUCGCUGUAUACUCUAUGGCUUUCUGGUACGGUGGACGUGAGAUUCGGGCUGGCCGUAUGAAUGGAAAAGAAGUGGUCAACUGUUUCUUUGCGCUCAUUAUUGGAGCCUUCACACUCGGUCAGGGCAUGCCUCACUUUAGCGCUCUCGGAAACGCGCAAGGUGCGGCUUACAAAGUGUUUGGCACCAUUGAUCGCGUUUCCCCCAUCGAUGCGAGCAACCCCGGCGGCGAAAAGCCAAGCGAGGUGAAAGGUGAUAUCGAGUUCAAGGAUAUUUCAUUCCAUUACCCGACUCGUGAGGAUGUCCCGAUUUUAUCCAAGUUUAACCUCAAAGUCCAAGCCGGUAAAACCGUUGCCCUCGUGGGAUCAUCCGGAUCCGGAAAGUCGACCAUUGUAAAACUCGUGGAACGCUUUUACAAUCCAGUCUCGGGAACAGUGACUCUAGAUGGCCACGACCUCAAGGACUUGAAUGUGAAGUGGCUCCGACAGCAAAUAGGAAUUGUCUCGCAGGAGCCAACCCUGUUUGACACGACCAUUCGUCGGAAUCUUGUGUUCGGAUUGAAGGAAGACCCAGAUACGAUUCCAAAGGAGAAACUUGACCAAAUGGUGGAAGACGCUUGCAAAGUCGCCAACGCCUGGGGAUUUAUUCAGACUCUUCCUCAAGGGUUGGACACCUCUGUCGGUGAAGCCGGAUCCAUGUUAUCUGGCGGGCAAAAGCAGCGUAUUGCCAUUGCACGUGCUGUCAUGCGGGACCCUCGUAUCUUGCUUCUUGAUGAAGCAACUUCAGCUCUUGACACCGAGUCUGAGAGACUUGUCCAAGCGGCGUUGGAGUCUGCAUCUCAAGGACGAACAACCAUUGUGAUUGCACAUCGCUUGUCCACGAUCAAAAAUGCUGAUUUGAUCGUGGUGAUGAAUAAGGGAGCGAUUGUCGAACAAGGCACUCAUGACGCUCUUGUUGCGGCCCGGGGAACGUACUAUGAACUGGUUGAGGCGCAGCGUCUCAGAGGAGGCACGAACCAUGAAGGUAAUGGCCAAGAGAAGAAUACGGUUGCCAUCGAUGUUGCCGAUCUCGAAAAUGCUGUCGAACCUGUCGCUACUGCAGAGCCUGUCAAACGUAUCGGUGACGCCGGCGUCACGCUUGACAUUGGAGAAAAGCCGCCAGCCCCUGAGCGCGUAGAGUCUGCACUUGAACGGCGCCAGAGUGUUGUGUCCCUUCGCAAGCGCAAGGAAUUGGAAGAGGAGUUGGCCAAGAAGGAGAAGGAAGCAAUGCUGAAGCGAAACGUGGACAAAAAGAGAAUUCUGAUGAUGAACAAACCAGAAUUCCCGAUCAUGUUCUUAGGUGUCAUGUGCUCGUUGGUAAACGGCGCGGUUAUGCCCGUUUUUGCCCUAAUCUUUUCCGAACUCAUCGCUGUGUUCAAUCGUACGGGUGAUGAGUUAACUCGGGAAAUUAACAAAUGGGCUCUUGGAUUUUUCCUGUUGGCCAUUGCCGCCUUUAUUAGUCACGUCAUUCAAAUCGGUCUCUUGCGAAUUGCCGGUGAUAAACUUACCACUCGCCUCCGUCAUGAGUCGUUCCGUGCCUUGAUGAGACAGGAGAUUGCAUUUUUCGAUGAUGAGAAGAACUCUACGGGAGCGUUGACCGCCAAGCUCGCCGAGGAUGCCAACCUGGUACAAGGUCUCACUGGACAAACUUUUGCACAGAUCCUGCAAUUGAUCUCCAACUUUACUGUUGGACUUGGAAUUGCCUUUUCAAACAGUUGGCAGCUCACACUCGUCGUUUUGGCCUGUGUGCCCUUGGUCGGGAUCGGUGGUUAUCUUCAGCUCAAGACCUUGACUGGUUUCGGUGAAAAGUCCAGGGAGGCUUACAAGGAUGCCAACCAAACUGCAUCCGAAGCCAUUGAAAGCAUUCGUACCGUGCAGACGCUGACUAAGGAGGAAAAGUUCGCGUCUACCUACGCCGAGCAGAUCAAGGUUCCCCAUCGUAUGGUAGUCAAAGGAGCGUUCGUGAGUUCCGUUGGCUUUGCCAGUGCUGAGAGUGUUAUCUUUUUGACAUAUGCCCUUGCCUUCUGGUACGGUUCUGAAUUGAUGCUCAAAAACACAUACGAUGCGAAGCAAGUCAUGACAACCAUGUUUUCCAUCAUUUUUGCUGCCAUGGCUGCUGGGCAAGUCACAAACUUUGCGCCUGAUGCAGCCAAAGCCAAGCUCGCUGCCCUUGGCAUCCUCGAUAUUCUCGACCGUACGUCUCGCAUCGACGCAACCAGUACGGAAGGCGAGCGUCCUGCAAAGCCGCAGGGCCGUCCAUCAACUAUUGACACGCACUUUGCUUACCCUACUCGUCCCGACAUCUCUAUUUUGCGGGGAUUGAACAUUGCGGCCGAGGUUGGAACGACCGUAGCAUUGGUCGGCCACUCUGGUUGCGGUAAGAGUACCGUUCUUGGAUUAUUGGAGCGCUGGUACGAUGUUACAGAUGGACGUGCGGAGGUGGACCAGCUCGAUGUCCGCAUGUGGAACUUAAAGUACCUCAGGGAACAGAUGGCGCUUGUCGGACAGGAACCCAUCCUUUUCGAUGUGUCCAUCCGUGAAAACAUCGCCUACGGCGCACCUGAAGGCGAGGCAACCGACGAGCAAAUCGAAGCCGCCGCCCGCGCCGCCAACAUUCACGAUUUCGUCAUUGGUCUCCCCAAAGGAUACGACACAAUGGUCGGCGAAAAAGGAGGCCAACUCAGUGGUGGCCAAAAGCAACGCAUUGCCAUUGCUCGCGCGCUCAUCCGAAACCCGAAACUCCUCCUUCUAGACGAGGCGACCAGUGCCCUAGACUCUGAAUCCGAAAAAGUGGUCCAAGACGCCCUCGACCGCGCUGCCAAAGGUCGUACAACUGUAGUGAUUGCACAUCGUCUUUCUACCAUCCAGAAUGCGGAUAGGAUUUACGUCGUCCGCGGUGGACAGGUGGCAGAGAUGGGCACCCAUGCGGAAUUGGUUGAUCUGGGUGGGGCGUAUGCCGAGUUGGUAAAUCAGCAGAUGCUCCACAAGGAGGAAACAACGUCAUAAAGUGUAUGAUUGGUUGGUACAUUGGAUACUUUGGGUACUUUGUCAUAGAUUCCUUUUUUUUUCGGCAUACUUGGGAUAAUGGACUGCAAUUAUGAGAGCCUGGUGCUCUGGCUUCAAAAUACACGCUACAGAACAUAUACAUGUGCU